AUGUUGGCAAUGGAGAAAGAUUUUGAUGCUAAGUUGAAGAUUCAGGGGAAUUCUUCUAAUGGUGCCAAUGUUCCGAGAUCCAAGAGCUUUGCUUUCAGGGCUCCCCAAGAGCAAUUCAGCAUUCAAGACUUUGAAUUGGGCAAGAUCUAUGGCGUUGGUUCCUAUUCCAAGGUUGUGAGAGCUAAGAAGAAGGACACAGGAACUGUCUAUGCAUUAAAGAUCAUGGACAAAAAAUUCAUUACCAAAGAAAAUAAAACAGCUUAUGUGAAGCUGGAACGGAUCGUUCUUGAUCAGCUGGAUCAUCCAGGAAUUGUGCGGCUAUUUUUUACAUUUCAAGAUUCCUUUUCACUGUACAUGGCACUUGAAUCCUGUGAAGGCGGAGAGCUUUUUGAUCAAAUAACUAGGAAAGGUCGUCUCUCUGAGGAUGAAGCUCGCUUUUAUGCAGCAGAAGUUGUAGACGCACUUGAAUACAUACACAGUAUGGGAUUGAUUCAUAGAGAUAUCAAGCCAGAGAACUUGUUACUUACAUCUGAGGGUAAUAUCAAGAUUGCUGAUUUUGGGAGUGUAAAGCCUAUGCAGGAUAGCCGAAUUACUGUUCUUCCAAAUGCAGCAUCAGAUGAUAAAGCCUGCACAUUUGUGGGGACAGCGGCGUAUGUCCCUCCCGAAGUCCUGAAUUCUUCUCCUGCAACUUUUGGAAAUGACCUCUGGGCACUUGGCUGCACCGUGUACCAAAUGCUUUCAGGAACUUCUCCUUUCAAAGAUGCAAGCGAGUGGCUUAUUUUCCAAAGAAUUAUAGCAAGAGAUAUUAGGUUUCCAAAUCAUUUUUCAGAGGAAGCUAAAGACCUCAUUGACCGGUUAUUGGACUUAGAUCCCAGCAGGAGACCAGGUGCUGGGCCAGAUGGUUAUGCUGCACUGAAGAUGCAUCCAUUCUUUAAGGGAGUUGACUGGAAGAAUUUACGAGGGCAAACCCCUCCAAAACUUGCAUUGGAGACGGGGUCAGUUGAGGGUGGUAGCCGUGAUAACUCAUGGAACCCCUCACACAUUGGAGAUGGUGCAGUAAGACAAAUUGAGGGUAGCAGUGGUGCCACAUCUUCUUCUGAAGCAUCUGGUCAUGUAACUAGGCUCGCUUCAAUUGACUCCUUUGAUUCAAAAUGGCAACAAUUCCUCGAGCCUGGGGAGUCAGUUCUUAUGAUCUCAAUGGUGAAGAAGAUUCAAAAACUGACCAGCAAGAAGGUGCAACUUAUCCUUACCAACAAGCCUAAACUGAUUUAUGUGGAUCCUGCCAAGCUAAUAGUGAAGGGAAAUAUAAUUUGGUCUGACAACUCUAAUGACCUCAGCAUCCAAGUCGCUACUCCAUCACAGUUCAAGAUUUGUACGCCAAAAAAGGUACUGCAAUUUGAGGAUGCAAAACAAAGAGCUUGGCAGUGGAAGAAGGCAAUUGAAGGGCUUCAAAAUAGUCUGGAGGAACAAGGAUGUGCCCCUGGUAAUUAUUAUUUAAUGAAAGAGGCUGGGGUCUGCGGAUUCAUCUUUUUCAAGGUGCAAAGCUCCCGUCCCUCUAGAUGCCUAGAACUGAGUAUGCGAUAA